AUGUCCAACAACGCACCCUCUACCCCCGUCAAGGUGCCAUCCAGCGCCGCAAACCACACACAGGCGACUCUGGAUCCAGAUUUACGGUCCCAAAUCAACACAGUUCUUCUGCGUGACGGUCACGUCUCAAAAAUACAAGAUGCUCUUCUCCACGCGCUGAACUCUCAUUCUACGAACUGGCCCACGGUUAUCCAAUCGCAUGCGCUCGCUCUGCUGCGCUCUGGCGAAGUCACAACCUUUCCCGCCCUACUGAGUCGCGUGCUCGAAGAUGUCCGCCACGAUUCUGCCCUCAACCCCAUAUCAUCGAGCUCGAACGGAACGAGUGCCAAGCCCGCCACAAACGGCGAUGCCCCCAAGACCAACGGUGCGGCUGAUGCUAAACCUAGUCUUGCUGUGCCGGUGUCGGUAAUCGAGGAGGCUCUUCGCGUCACCAGGGAGAGCCUAGAAGCUGUUUGCGACAUCGAGGACGAAGGAACCGCUUAA